AUGCAGGACUUCAAGAUGCUUAGCACCAACGUGUUGAGUGCGGUUCCACUGCUGCUUGCCACCGCGUGGUGUGUCGGCGCAGCACCUGGCGCGUUGCGAGGUGAAAGCGGGGUCAGCGUCAGCGACAUCAAGCUUGGCUACGAGCAUACGGUGGCGCGGUAUGCCAAUUGGAAGCCCGACACUGCCAAGCCGGCGGGCAGAGGAAGGGGGCUAUUUGAAGAUUUCAAGCUCGCCGCCGUCAGCGAUGCUUCUGCGAACGAUGCUUCUGCGAUUGCAGUGGUGCGCAAGCGCGGCACGGUGCUGCCUCUUCACGCGGUUGGAGGGUAUCCCAAGAUGCUGGGCGUGACGUACAAUGCCGAGGUGGGGAUGGGCACGCCGACGCAGCUGUUCAACCUCACUGCGGAUACGGGAUCGAUGCUCACCUGGGCCGUGCUGGCUUCGUGCAAGGAUACCGAUUGUCCCGGUGCAUCGACCAAGCGCAAGUACGAUCCGGCGGCUUCCACCACCAGUCGAGUAGGACGCAAGGACCACGAGGCGUACGGCGAUGGCGAGAUGGAUCUGACGUUGUAUAGCGAUGUGGUGCAACUGGGCCGAAUCAAGAUCGACGCCACGGUGGGUGGAGCCAACAAGACUUUUGAGCGCGAUGGCAAGCUAGACCACGACGGACUGCUGGGUCUUGGCCGAAAGGCGGAUGCCGAUCCAGCGCCCGUGCUGGACAGCCUGGCCAGGGAAAGGCGAGGGUUCCAGGAGACGAUUGCACUCGAUUUGGGUGCGCAGCCGACACUGGAAGUGGGCGGCUACAACUAUGUCAAGUAUCCCAAGAUGAAGCGGUACACGGUCGAGGGCGAUGAGGGCUGGCAGCUCGAAGGCAGCAGCAUCACGGCCAAGGGUGCGGACAAGGUGGAUGCGAUCAACCUGCUGCUCGACACGGGCUCGUCGGUUUCCAUGCUGCCUGCGUCGAGGAUGGAUGCGAUCAUGAAUCGGGCAGGACUCAAGGUGCAGAGGUCUAAGGACGAGCCGAUUGUGUACUCGAUGCCGUGCGAUACAAAGUUGGGUGUGCAGCUGGUACUCCCGGACGGAACGCAGGUGGAUGUGGACGACUCGGACAUCCUGAUGCGCAGCAACGACGCCAGCACGCCGGGCUGCCUGAGUCUGCUGGUGGGCACCACCAAUCCGUUUGUGCCCGCCGUGGCUGGUACGCCGCUGCUGCAGAGUCUCUACACGGUGCUCAGCCGCAACCCCUCGGGCGACUGGAUCGGACUCGCUCCCCUGUAG